UGCCGUGUAGAAACGUCUACUGGCAGUUGUUUGGGUAUUUUCCGCAUUAACAGUACGAGAAUGGACGGCGUCUACACAACGUGAGAAAGACGAUAACAUCGCUUAUCUUUGCAGACUGGGAGAUAUUAUUUCUACUACGGGGGUGAACUUCCAGUGUUUGGUGUCACGUUCUGUAUUUUAUUUGUAGCUGUCAAGUUACCGUUGUUGGCAUUAUAAAAAGUCUGCAUUUCUAUAUUACACCUCUCACUGACUUUGAUCCUUUCUUAGAAAGGAAAUUAUAGACUGUGGUCAGCCCUGCUUAAAGUAGUUAUUAACUGUGAGCGUGGCUUAGCAUCAAACCAAGCUGGAACGGCAUUGCGUCUAUACAAGCGUUUACGAUUUGUUGUAGUACAGGCAAUUAACGUCUGCACUUAAUAUAAUAAAGUAAUAGUUGAUAUGACAAUGAUCAGCUUUACAUCUUUACCUGAAACAGUAUUAGUACAGAUUUUGUCCCACCUCCCUGCCAAAUAUCUUAUAACAGUAGUCAGAAUGGUCUGUAAACAGUGGAGAGAAUUAAUAGAUGGUUCCAGCCUUUGGGUGAUAAAAUGCCAACGAGAAGGACUAAUACCUAAGAACAUAAGGAGAUCUCCAAAAGACUGGAGGACAUUCUAUAUCUUGAGCUCCCUUAAGAGAAACCUGAUCAAAAAUCCUUCUGCAAAAGAGGACUUUGACCACUGGCAUAUAGCACGCAGGGGACAGCAUAAAUGGAGGAUUGAAACUCUGCCAGCAGAAUGCAGAAUGAUGCUGUCUGAUGAAAGAGUUGAAAAAUAUUUUGUUACUUCCUUCUGGGAGAGUCAGAAGGAACAGCUUAUCGAUUUACAGGAGGAGGGAUACUGGUCAGAAUUAGUGGAUAAUGUCAACCCUCCAAUUGUAGUCACAGAUUGGUAUGCAGCACGGACCGACUGUGGCUGUAGGUAUGAAAUGUGUGUACAGCUUCUGUCACAAUUUCAUGGUGUUCUUCAUGAAUUUCGUCCAGAACGGCUGAUUUUACAACAGUGCAGUGAUUCAGAGUGGAGGCAGAUGACUCACACCUUUAGGAACUACGGAGUUGGAGUCCGUUACAUAAGAUUUGUGCAUGGGGGCCGGGACACUCAGUUCUGGGGAGGUUUAUACGGUAUCCGUGUCACGAAUAGUAAAGUAGUAAUUGAGCCAGAAGAUUUGACUUGAAAAUCAGUUUGCACUUUAUGAACAGCAUGCCAUUACAGUAAAGUGGUUUUCUCUCUCAUCCAGAAGAGUUUGCAGUUCCAACAGUAACUCCAUUGCAGUGGUACUUUUGACAAGGCUCAUAUUUAACCAGUUGCUGCUUUUCCUCAGAAAUGAUGUCGAGCCAAGAGAAGCCAUUGAUUAAGAAAUGUGAAAAAACAGUAAUGUCAAUUCUGGCUGACAUUAUGCAUUGCCAUUUCUUCUGUUCAGUUUGUGUAUUUGAGAAAUUUUGUCUGAAGACAGAAUUCUGACUUUAAAUGAUGCCUUGGUGGCAUCAUUCAUUCAUGUGAACAUGCUUGUUCAAAGCCUUGUUACAUUGCACUAUCAGGUCAGCCAGUGGAAGGAGAGUUAUCAUCUGAAGAAGUAAUAUUUUUAGUAGCACUGUAUAUCCAGGGGAAAUUCAGAAAUUGAGUUUUUGUGAAAAUAUAUGCAGUAUAAGCAGAUUCAUAUGCAAGAAUUUGUUUUUGAAAUAUUGCUUGGAUGCAUCUGUUCUCCAAGACUUCAUUCUAAUUGCUCUGAGUGUUGAACAAUAGAAUCAAAAACUUUUCCUGCACUGAAAACAGUUUGGUUGUAUGACAGCAGUGCAGUUGUACUGCAGUCAGCAGUUUCCUGACUCAGCAUUUUUAGACUGAUGACCUGAAUGUCAAGCGAGGACAGUAAGCAGCAACUCUUUUAGCCAGUUUUAAUGGCAAACUGCAUGAUAAGUAAUAUGUUUUUCAUUUGCUGAAAGAUUACUGUCUGCAGAAUAUUUCAGAAGCACAUAACAUCUAACAGACCUAUUUUCAAAUGCAGGUGAUCAGAGCAAAUGUUUCUGGAAAUUAUGGUGCAAAGAAAACUAACAUUUAUGUAAGUGAGGUUUUGACUGUCUGGUAUAGUUCACAUAGCCACUAAUUUCCUAAAGUAAUUACUGUGUAACAGCUUACAGUUUAUUUUAAGCAUACAACUGAAUCAUUCUGCAAGAAAUUGUGCUGCAUUAAUACAAUGCAUUUUAUUUUUAUAUGCUAUUUUUUUUGUAAUGAAACAUGCUAAGUACUUUAUAAAGUAAUAAAAAACACAUGAAUUUAAAUAAUGGUUAGUAAAACUAAAGACUGUUAACUACGUACAGCAAAUUGGUUGCUUAAGUGCACUUACAGUCCCUUAUAUCUGUUUGUUGCUUUGAUCAUGAGCUUCAGGAAAAUGGUAGAGUGAAAGGAUUUUGUUUUUAUGUUGUAACAAGAGCAUUACCUACCUUAAUCUAGCAAAGGGCUAUUCUACCGUGAACUCAUGGUAUGGAUGGUUGUGAAGCAUAACACAGUCACCUGCUUUUCUAUACAUGAGCAUCUGUGUUAUUUCUAUACAAUCCACAUGUCUGUAUUCUUAUUAAAUUUAUGAAGUGAUACUGUUAAAACAUGUGAGUCUAGCAGUUUGUUUCUAAGCUCUAAGGAGAAUUGCAUCUAGUGUCAAAGAAAUGGACUGAUAUUUGAGGUUUUGAAUAGCAGUAUUUUAAGAGAACAGAAUUCUUUUUCUGUCCCACUUGCUUACCAGGUAAGAGCUUCAGGCUGAUUAUAAAAACUCAGUUGUCUGAGCUGCUUAAUUGCAUUGGUGCAUGCUUAUUACUUAAUACUUUUUUUGUGAGUGCUGGCAGGUUGUGGUUGUAGUAUACAUGACAUAAGUCUACUAUUUGAAGGUCUGUUAAGAAGGUUGGGGAAUUUCUUUCUCUGUUUUAAUGGAAAUAUUGGUGGAACUAGAUGUAUCCAAAUUUACAAUUUAUCUUAAUGGAAUUUGUAAUAAAUUUUAAUUGAAAUUAUAAA